GUAUCGGCAGCCAGGCGUCCCCAGUUGGCCAAGGUCCGCCAUCCAGUGCACACCUGUAGCCCCGCGCUGCGUCAGUCGCCUCAAGUCCUCCCGUGAGCAAGUCCUGGGGUCACACCGUGCCGCUCCGCCCGUGGCUUGUGUCGGGCCUGUCAGGCUGCCCAGUGAUGGCGUGAAGGACACGCACAAGCUAACUCUUACUCUGGAUUUUUGUCGAUGUUUAAGGACACUUGGAGCCAGUCGGUGGGAUGUGAUACGGCCGUGCGCUGACAGGAUGGUGUGCUGGUGGCUGGCGUGGGUGGUGCUGGUGAGCGGCGCGCGGGCGUUCUGUCCCCGCGGGUGUUCCUGUGAUGACAGCGGCCCCAGCCUGCGGUGUGUGGGCGUGGGCAUCAACGUGGUGCCCACCCUGGUGAACCCCGGCCUGCGCAGUCUUAACCUGGCGCACAACUCCAUCAGCUCCGUGAGUCACACGCUGGUGUAUUUCGCGCAGCUGGAGGAGCUGGACUUCUCUCACAACCUGCUGGCCUCGCUGGGAAGCAGAAACUUCCAGAAGCAGGUGAAGCUGCGGGAACUUCGCCUGGCGCACAACAACCUGUCCUCGCUGUCGGUGGAGGCGCUGCUGGGCCUCACCUCGCUGUCCGUGCUGGACCUGAGUCACAACGCCAUCUCUGACCUGCCGCCCGACGUGCUGAUGAACGCCCCGGACCUCAAGGUGCUGCUGCUGGCACACAACAAGCUGCACACGCUCUUCCAGCACACUUUUCGCGGCCCGAGCAGCCUGCACGUCCUCGACCUGUGUGAUAACUACUUCCGCCACGUCCCCACAGCUGCCGUCGAGGAACUGAGGGCAUUGAAGACGCUGCAGCUGUGUCGGAAUCGUCUGACCCAGCUUGAGUCAAAUGCUCUGUGCUUGCCCUCCCUCCAGGCGCUGUCCUUGGAAACUAACAACAUUGACUACGUCGCCGACGCUUCCUUCAGCUGCCUACAGAGGCUAACCAAGCUGAACCUCAACGACAACCUGCUGCGUGAGGUGCCCAGUGCUGCCUUGGUGUCCCUCGUGCUGCUGGAGUCCCUGCAUCUCAGCAGGAACAAGAUAAGGAGUCUGGAGGGCGGAGCGUUCAGGGGCCUCGGCCGCCUCACCACACUGGAGGUGUCCCGGUGUCCAUUGCUGUCGUUGCUGCACCCCGCGGCGCUGGCUGAGUGCUUCAAUCUGCGGGAACUGACGCUCUCCCACAAUCCCCUGGUGAAGCACAUCCCGCCGGGUUUUCUCUCCUCGCUGCCUCGCCUCCGCUCACUCGACCUUCGUGCAAAUGGUCUUCGAAGCUUCCCGUCAUCUGAGGUGUCACUGAGGUCACGAGUGAGUCUCGACCUGAGGGACAACCCAAUGGUGUGCAAUUGCUCGCUGCAGUGGCUGGCGGAGGAGCUCGGCGCCGCCAACAGGUCCCUACAGGCGCCGGACCUGCAGUGCGCCGCACCGGAUAAACUCAGAGGGGUCUACCUUUCCAGGCUUACCACGGGAGAGCUUGACUGUGUGGUUCGCCUGAAGGUUGUCCUGGGCAUCGUCUUCUGUGUCGUCUUUGUGGUAUGCCUGAUUCUCUGCCUUGUCUUCUGCGGGUAUCGUCGGCGGCGGCAGCGGGACAAGCUAAUGGGUCGCGGCUGGCCUCCAGGUCCCCUCGCCCCUUGGCCUCCGGACGACCACGCUGCCGCCACUAGACACAUCAUGGCGGACGAUUACGGCUACCACGCCUACUCCGUUCGCCACGUGCCUGUUACCAAAGUAUGAGAUAUUAGAGGCACAGCAAGACAUCUGGAGCCCGCUUCUUCGUCUCCUUCGUCUGCUACAAAUGUGAGUCGCAAUCAGGGCGCAGCAAGACAUCUGGCGUCUGCUUCCUCGCCUCCUUGCCUGCUUGGAGGUUUGCGAAAGGUUCAAGCGAGGAUUUGAAAGUUUGGGGUCUGACCGAAAGCUCUUAAGCCCUGGUAAGAAUGCGAUCAUGACUGGAAGCUCUCGGUGGUGAUUUCUGCAGGCCGUGAGGAGGCAUUAGUGGCUUAGUGGACGCUCAGAGUCCGGCAUGGCACAGUCAAGCGUGCGUCAAUGCGUGGCGUGAAGACUUAAGCAACAUAAGAUCGUAAAGGAAGCUGCUGGAAGUUUGGUCAAGUAAACGCGGCGCUAAUUGAUCUGUGGGGAACUGAAGGGUUGUCAUUGAUUAUUAUUUUUUAAUGUAAGAGAGGAGGACUGGCCAAGGGCAACAGAAAUAUAAAGAAAAAAAUACCCACUCAAGAAAAAAAGGCUUUAGUCUAGUGGAAGCUAUUGGGUUCAAGUAUUUCGUGAUUCUAGUAAUGAUUUUUUUAAUGGAACUUUCAGCCGAAGUUAUUAGAGUUUAUUUUUAGCGUUCUUGUAAUGAUUCUGCGUCUACAGUGAGAAGAACACUCAGAAGAACAUGACUUAUUACCUUCGCGAUCUUUGUGGAUAGUUCUGACGAGAGAGCAAAGCGUAUCAGAACUCGGAACUACAAACUACAGGCCAUGCACUCUGCGUCGCCGCGUCCGCCUCGCUAACUUUGCACAUAAGUCCGGAAGUCUGCCGUACGGUCCGUAAAAUAAGUCUGAAACCAAUCACCAAACUUUGGACACUGUAAUUAAUGCCUUGGGAUCCUCACUAACGUAGGAAAUCCCUCAUUAAGUGGUGCGCAAUGGCCUCUGAGUUGCUAAGCGUCUCGUGAAGUGGCGGAUAUUGGUCAGCGGAGGCGUCUGUUCCGCGUCACACUUACCACAGCAACACUUACAUUCCGCCUCGAUGCGUUUAACUCCUUCAGUACUAGGACGCAUUUCUACCUUGAGUUUUGGGGUGUGAUUAGACGAUUUUAUCUACACUAGGAAGGGUCUAUGGAGGUCAAAAGUUUAAUGGCCACUGUCUUCACUAUUUUAGUCCCCCACAUAAGUUUCUGAAGCGGUAUAAAAUCAUCAACUAGUGAGCAGAAUGAAUAUGGAAACGCGUCAUGGUACUGAAGGGGUUAAGUUACCACGUGGAAAGAUACUGCAUAGGAGAACACGAUCUAAUGCUAAUUCAACAUGACCUAGUAUAACAUUGUGUCCGUAUUCUAACACCCUUUGCUCUCUCUUGAAGGCUGUUUUCAAUACCGUAUAGGUGAUAGUCGGUUCUCCAUGACUGUUUUCAUCAAUAGUGACACGAGAUCAUUGUUAAAUUACCACCAGGAUCAUGACAAGGCUUAAAAAAAAAAAACACUAAUAUCAUCCGAUGGAGACUGUUGAAAGAAAUCGAUGUGCAGAAUCCCUUUUAAUCCCUUCAGUAGCAUUACACGUUUCCAUAUUCAUUCUGCUAACUAUUUUGUGAUUUAAUACAGCUUCAGAAACUCAUGUG